GUUCACGAGAGUGCACACGCUCCGCUGUGUUGACGGACCCGACAGUGUGCAGGAGAGGUAAUAUGUCUGCCACAGACGCCGUGCAGCAGAACAACAAUGAAGAACCAGGCCUGAACGGUUCUGUUACAGUCAACAGCUUGGUUGAUUCCUCAGGGUCCUGGGUGGAGUUGGAACUGAAUGGAAACAUGGCACCUGGAAGGCAGCAGCUGAUCCCAAGCCUGGCUGCUUCUAUGGCCAACAGCAAUAAGGGUGAGACUGAACCUCCACAACCUCUGCAGGCUGUGCAGGAAGUAGAGGAGGAGAGUCUGGCUGGAGGGCUUGAGCAUGUCCCCUCAUCCUCUUCCAUUCAUAAUGGAGACAUGGAAAAAAUACUGCUCGAUGCCCAGCAUGAGUCUAGCCCCAGUGGGUCAUCAUGUAAUAGUCCUCCAAGACCCCACACACCUGAGCAUGAUGAAGGCCUGAUUACCUUUGAUGUGGAGAUGCCCAGUGAGAAAGACUGUCAGUCAGAGGAUGACAGUCAAGACAAAGAGGAUGAUUCCCUCAUGGUUAAAGGGGAGAGCUGGGUAGCAGACUGGUCCAGUCGACCUGAAAAUAUUCCUCCCAAGGAGUUCCAGUUUCGGCACCCAAAACGCUCAGGAUCGGUUUCUCUUAGUAUGAGAAGGACAGGUGCUAUGAAGAAAGGUGGAGUGUUCUCAGCUGAAUUUCUUAAAGUGUUCAUUCCCUCCCUUCUGCUUUCUCACAUCCUCGCCCUAGGACUGGGGGUCUAUAUUGGGAAGAGGCUGAGCACACCCUCCACCAGCUCGUUUUAAACCCAAAUACCAGUGCCUGAAAUUUCCAUAAGAUGCAGUGGUGGCAAAGUUGUGUCCAAAAAGCUUAACUUUGCUUUUAUGUUAGACCUUCUCUGUCCUACUCUUACUAAUUUUUUUGCCAUGUUCUCAGCUGUCAUACUGAAAUUCAUUCACCAGAAAACGCUGUGCAGUUUAUUUGCUGCCUUCACCUUGAGUCAGUAUGUUGCUUGUCCUCUAACACUGUGUUAAAUAGAUUGGUUUGGGGUGUUUCAUAUCCUUUUUAUAUUUUAAGUAGUUUAUAAUUUAAAACAAAGAUUUUGCCCUUUUAUGCUGAUAUGUAAGAAAACAAAAAUUACAUCUGUGAUGCCCAAACACAUACAACUAUUACAACCACCAGCACAUUACCAAGCUAUCACUUCCUGUUGGGUAUCUAUGAUACAGUUGCAAUAGUGUUAUGUUUGGCUAUAUAUUAAAAAAAAACUUAUGGGAAAUGGCUGAUGUACAUUUGGAAGUAUAAUACUCAGUUUUUCCCUCCUCUUUAGUUUUCAGUUAAACGUUUAGCCAGACUGAUUCUGGUUGCACUGUAUUAACUUGUGCCAUUUUUUAAAAAAGAAACUGGUUGCAAGUGGUUACAGUAUUUUGUAUGUUUCCAGUUUUAGAAUUGUGGUCUUAAGUUUGGAGGAAAGACACUUGUAUUUUUGUUUCCAAUGCACCUUAAAGAUUGAAUUAUGGCAGAAAGGUUUUAAUUAGACUGUUAAUAGCACAUACAUGAACAUUUUUGUUUCAUAGAAAGCUAUCUCCCUUACAUAGUCUUGUUUUUUAUUUUAGUUGGUUAUUAGGAAGCAACUGUCAUUUUGUAGGAACCAAUCCCAAAAAUCCCAAUCCCAAAAAUCUAAAACCAUUUUUAAAAAAUAUAUGUUUUUGGUAGAUGUUUUUUGGAAUACAUAGAUAAACAAGGAUAGACCCUUAAGAUGUAGAAGCACACAUAUUGUAAACUAUUUUUCUUUUUAUUAAAUAAGUUCUCCGUAUAGACCUCAUAAAAAUAGGCAGUGAAUACGAUUACCCUUGUAUUUUCAAUAUAAAUAGAGGUCUCAGGUAAAAAGGUCUGGUAGACUGAUGACUGUAGCACUCAGUGGAACAUGCGCAUGCUUCCUAAUUUGAAGAAAGGUUACACUGCAGUGAUUACUACAUGCACACUCAUUUGUUAUGAUCCAUAUCAUUCUUAUCUGGACCAGAAACAACAUACUAUGCUCCCGAGUGCCAAAGGGUCUCCUCUGUGAUGUUUACCUCUGUAGGACCCAACACUGACUCACUGAAUAGUAAAUAAAUAUAGAUCUAAAAUUAGUUGUAGCUUUAACUAAAAUCUCCUAUCAGUGCUGUUCUGUUGCACAUUCCAUUUUGGCAUUACAAAGUGCCAUGCAAGAUAUUUUAUUGUAACCAUGUAAUUAAGAUUUGUGCAGUGUGACACGUUUGUUGUAUCUGUCAAGUAAUAAUGUGAAGUAGGAAGAUCUUUUUUCCCUGUCUCUUAUUUCAGUGUUCAAAGGUACAGUCUGCAAUAUUUUUCCACCUCUAAAUACAAUAGUCUCAGUGGAACUAUCUGCUUUAUGGAUUUUAAAAGUUUAACCUAACCAAGGUUUAUUGAGAAAAUGCUUAAUACUUUAUUGACUCUUACGACCGUAUUGACAUCACUUAUUGUUAUGGGUAUAUUUACACAGAUUAGACAAUUUUUUUAGACAAUUUUCCCAUUAACAUUACAACAACAAACAUUACAAUGCUUAUGAUUAGAGUGUGGUUAUUUGGGGAGCAGAUAAUAUAAUAGUUUUUUGUUUAUAAAAGUUUUACUUAGUGUGAACCUUUUAAGUCCCAUAUUGCAUGAAUAUAUCUAAUUUGGAAAAUGAACUAUUCCACAAGUGGGACAAAGAACUGUGAAUAAAAAAAGUAGCAUGUUACAGCAAGAUAAACUAAGCCCAUCCUGUGUGUGAAUGAUGGAUUUUCUAUAAUGUACAUUAUACUCAGAUUCUUAAGGGGUUUUUUGUUUGUUCGUUGUGACUGUUUUUCCUUUAUUCUUUUGUUUGUUUGCUUGUUUUCAUGACUGAAAUGUAUUGUGUAGGGCAGGGCCCUCAUGCCUGGCAUCUUGUGGCUGUUUUUCAUUUAAGUAUUUGAAGCAGAAUCACAUACUGGAAGUCACAAAAUCUGACAUUAAAAAUCCCAAAUACACCCCAA